AUGGCAGAAGAAGCCAUCCAAGAGGGGGCAAGAGUAAGCAAAGAUAGUGAAUGGAGCACCCAUUCCCGUCUAAGCAACGAUGAGGUUGGGGAAGCUCGGAUCACUGCCAGCUAUCGGAGUUCUGCUCAAAAUACCUAUGACAUGUCUAUCAGAUCCACUGACACUGCAAGCUCGAAUAUUCGAAACAUGACGGCGCAGUAUCACAAUAAUAGAAACAACGAUUAUAGUGUGCGAAGCAGGGAUUCCUAUGACAGGUCUAUUCGAUCCAACGACACAAUAAACUCGAAUAUACGAAACAUGACGGCGCAGCAUCUCAACCGAAAGACUCAGUCUGGUCGUGGAAGCAGGACAAUAAAGGGCGAACGAGCAAACAGUGACAGCAGCAGCGACAAGAAAGAUGCAGCUAUAGACCCACCGGUCCCAUCACAAAUUUCCACCCCGCACCCGGAAGAGGAUAACGAAUCCUUGGACAACCCUUCUUCUCCUGAAUCGAGUGUUGAAAAAUUCAACAAGGAUGAAAAAGUCAAUAGUGACAGCAGCCACGAGAAUGAUGCAACCACAGUGCCAUCGAUCCCAUCACAAAUUACCACCUUGCAACCAGAAGAAGUGGUUCACGAAUCCAGUGUGGACUGUACUAUGACAAAUAUUGUGGGUGCUAUAAUUUGUGGUGUAUUUGCUAUUGGGUGGUUAGUCUUUCUCUUUUGGAAAGAUGGCGGACCAGACCUUAUCACUAAGCAAAAAUCCCCAUCCAUCUAUAGCUGGAACCCUCCAACGGCCGAUCAGUGCAGCUCCAUUUCCAAUGGCACUCUUUUUUAUUAUGAUGCAGACUCGCGGCAGCAAGAACGUAUUCAGGUGAAGUUAGAAGUACAGCUUCAAUCGGAACUCGGAAAUGUGAAUGUGGCCAAUCUGGAAUCCGAGUGGAAGAAGAAAUUGCAAGAGCAUGUCAUGCCAACAUUGGCCGGUUGUGAAGAAGAUGUCCAACGUCGUCUUUAUCAAGAGCCAAACGACAACAAAUCAACGCUCCGGCAACGUCGACGAUUGCGAACACUCAGCCAGCUGCUACCGGAUCAUGUAAUAUCCUAUGCGUUUGUGGUGGACACAACCUUGUCGUGGGAUGAGAUUCUCCCCGAAGGAAACCAAGGCACAUUUGCACAAGUGCAAACAACAUACACGUAUCCAUUCAUGAUUGAUAUUGAUCUUUGGUUGAAAGAAGAUGUCAAUGACGCUCUCCUAAACGAAAAAGUAUCACAAGUGUUCAACGACUUUUUGAACAAUGGCCCGCUGCAAACGGAUUUGGCACUAGACAGAUCCAAACUCAUCAACGUUCAACAAUCACUGGACAUGCCAACUGAUGAUCCAACAGUUUUCGACGGUGCUACCGUAGCAAAUCCCGACCCAUCGACGAAUGCACCAGUCGCAAUGCCAACAAGGAGGCCGACGAGUGUCCAAACCUUGGCACCUUCGGAGAGUCCUUCCAUAGAUCCGACCGGACUUCCAGUCACGGAGAAUCCCACGCUAUCACCAGCCAACCAAAGUCCCAACGACAGCCCAACGAGUAACUCUACCCUAUAA